AUGGGCUUUGGAGAUAUAAAUCACUACGUGUCUAAUGGUAGAGACGGUCAAAUUAAUCUUGACGAACUAGCUCGUGCUAACAAUAAAAAAGCCGGAUUCAUUUUGGAAGAAGCCCAGGCCAACUUGGAGUUGGCCGCAGAAACUGGGUAUAAACCAGAAUUACGCCGUAACUUCAGUGUGCUCUCGCUUUUAGGAGUGGGUUUUGGACUCACCAACUCGUGGUUUGGAAUAUCGGCCGCCUUGACUACCGGAAUCAGCAGUGGAGGCCCCAUGAUGAUUGUUUACGGAAUUAUUAUUGUUGCCUGUAUCUCCAUGUGCAUUGCCAUUACUUUGAGUGAGCUUGUCAGUAGUAUGCCCAAUGCUGGUGGUCAAUAUUACUGGACCAUGAAGUUGGCUCCAAAAAAGUACGCUCCAUUCGCUUCUUAUAUGUGCGGAGCAUUUGCUUGGGCAGGUUCGGUCUUCACCAGUGCUUCAGUGACCAUCUCUAUGGCUACGUCGCUUGUUGGUAUGUAUGCCUUAGCACAUCCAGGCUUUGUGGUUCAAAGAUGGCAUGUGUUCAUUGCUUAUCAGUUGAGUAAUUUAUUCUUAUUGAUGUUCAACAUCUACGAAAAGCCCUUACCGGCGUUGUCAAAGGGAGCAUUGUACAUCUCCUUGUUAUCAUUCGUGGUCAUCACCAUCACUAUCCUUGUCAAAGCUAGUGGCAACUACCAGAGUGCCCACUUCGUGUUUGUUGAAUUUAAUAACAACACUGGUUGGUCUUCCUCAGGUAUUGCAUUUAUUGUCGGUUUAAUUAACCCCAACUGGUCCUUUAGUUGCUUGGACGCAGCAACUCACCUUAGUGAAGAAUUAUUGGAGCCUAGAAGACAAAUUCCGAUCGCUAUUAUUGGCACUGUAAUCAUAGGAUUGGUGACUUCUUUGGUUUAUUCGAUCGCAAUGUUCUUCUCCAUCAAGAAUUUGGAUGCGAUCUUGACUUCUACCACAGGCGUUCCAAUUUUGGAUAUCUUCUAUCAAGUUUUAGGCUCAAGGGCCGGGGCAAUUGUGUUAGAGUCGUUGGUGUUCCUCACCGCUCUCACCUGUAACGUUGCAUCCCACACCUGGCAAGCAAGAUUAUGUUGGUCAUUCGCUAGAGACAAUGGACUACCAGGUUCCAGGUAUUGGUCUAAGGUGAACCCCAAGACAGGGCAGCCUAUUAAUGCCCACUUCAUGUCCUGUGCUUGGUGUGCCGUUAUUGGGUGUAUCUACAUGGGUUCCACGACGGCAUACAAUGCCAUGGUUAUUGGUUGCAUUAUCUUUUUGCUCCUUUCGUACAGUGUUCCAACUGUAUUUUUAUUGCUUAAGGGAAGAGACAACAUAAAACACGGGCCUUUCUGGAUGGGGAAAAUUGGAUUAUUCUCGAAUUAUGUGGUGCUCAUUUGGACUCUUUUCACUCUUGUGUUCUACAGUUUUCCCCCAGUUAUGCCGGUCACUGCUGGUAACAUGAAUUAUGUUUCAGUAGUUAUUGGUGUUUUUGGAGUAUACUGUGUGAUUUACUGGUUCGCCAGGGGAAGAAGCAAGUACACUACAAUAGAAGUUAGAGAACAAGGCAUUGAGGCUUUAACAACAAAUCUCUCCAGGCAAAUCACUAAUGUCGAAAUGAUUUUAAGCAAUAUAGCAAGUAGAAAAUAA